AUGGUGACUUUGUGUAAAAUCUGCCUAGAAUCUCUUUUUGUGUUCAACAGAAGAAAGACAUGGGUUUUUGAAACAACAUAAGGGUCCAUUCUGCAGAACGUGCCAGAAUUUUGCCCAAAUUCAGUGCAUAAAAUUAGGAAAAUAGUCUUUAACACUCUUGGCAAUAGUCACGUUUGCCCUCUGUUUCUCCUUAGACAAAGGGCUAUGCACUACAGUAUGUCACUCUCAGCUUGCAUGCAAACAAUGUGGUGUAAUCUCUCUGGAUUUUCAUGUAUGAUUUUCAACUUGCUCGGCCUGUCAGCAGUCUGCUUCAAAUCGAUUAUGAUAUUUGAAGCCUGUCAGCAGCACAGAGUUAAAGAUACCAAUCUUUUUGGAAUUUUUUUUUUUUUUUUUUUGUGGAUUUUGGGUUGUUUUCAUUGAACAGAACCAAAUGCCAGCACAAAAAAGUUAAAGCUAUUGACCAGUGAUUAAUUAUACAACCAGUCAAUUAAGAAGAAAAAAAAAUAUAUAGAUAUUUAUAUUAUUUGUUUUCCAGAUUACCCAAAAUUUAAGCAGGUUUUUAAGCCUUGCAAAAUACAUUAGAUUGCCUUAAACGGUUGCUUUUGUUUUAGGAAUGGUAAUUGUUGUGGAUUUAUUUUUUCAGCUCUUGUAAAAUAGCCCCUGUGUUGUAUCCUGAACCUUUGUUAUUGUGUUGAGUGUGAAUGCCUUGCGGUUAAAAACUUCCCAUGAGUAUUUUUAAAGCCGAUAGAAUAUUUCAACCAUGCCAGCCCUGAAGAAUCUUGAUGAGACAAUUUGCAUGUCAAUGUAAAAAGCAGUGGUUUUUUUUCAAUUAAAUGUACACAUCCUGGAAAUUUGAUAUGUUUGUGAGAAGAGGGUCAGAUUCUUCCUUUUCCCGACUAAAAAGCAGCUUAGACCAGCCUAAUAUGGGUUGCUGGUCUUAGCUGGUUUAAGCUGGUUUAGCUGGUCUGCCAGUCUAGCCAAGCUGGUGUUUAGCUUGUUGGCCAACUGUUCUUCGAACCUGACUAGAUGACAAGUGCCCAAAACCCCUCUAAAACCAACAUUCAGACCAUCCUGACUAGGGUGGGAGACUAGGUAAGACUAGGUUUGGCUGGUUUAAGAAUUGUUUUUCUCUACAGGGUUGUUGUCUUGUGAUGUUGAAGAUUUUGAGGUUCUGAGAGAUGGUUUAAGUGGAAUGAACUCUGUGGGUUAUACCACGUCCCAAGUUGGCUUGGCCCAGUGUCCCCGGUGUGUGGGAUGAGCAUAGAUUUAUGAGCUUGUGUUUUCUGAGUCAGCUGUGAUCCCUCUCUCACUCAUCCCACCCCUGGUGGUCUAGUUCCUUCUGACAGAUCAGUAGCAGCUGAGAGAGUGCUGUUUGGGCCUAACCAAGAGGUGGGGGUGGGUGCCAUCUGGAUCAUGUGACUCCUGCCACCCUACCCUCACCUUUGCUUGCAAGAGCACCAGGCGUCCUUAUCCAAUCAUGCCUGGAAUGCAGCUUGCCACUUGGGCUAUUUCUGCUUUCUGUCGCUAUCGGAGUGCAGGGCUAACGGUUUGAUACAUAAGAGUUUUUUUUUCUUUUUUUUUCAUUUCCCCAUCUGACUCCUCUUUCCAGCUUUUUUCGCUCCCUCUCUCUCUCUGCCUGAAGUAUGUGGGUUGAACUUUUAAGCUCCCUGGCAGCGCUUCACUGGUAGCUGUUAAAUGAAGCAGUCUCUGUCUGUGAGUAAGGGAAAGAGAGAAAGAAAGGAAAGAGUGGAUGAGCAAGACAGAGAGUGAGAGAGUGAGAGAGAGAGAGAGAGAGAGCAAAAGGGGAUCACAUGCACAAAAGAGUGGGCGAGACAGAUCCAGCAGAGCUGGACAGAGACAGAUCAAGAUAGACAGGAGAAUGUCUCACCGCCUGCAGUUGUAUUUUGGCUCUGGAUGCAGUAAUACUGUGCCUGAGUUUGAGCAGCUUAAUGGGGCGGCAGAGGAUAGAGAAGAGAAUGCUACCAGUAAUGGGAGAGACUACAGCGGCGUAGGAGCCAUGAUGUACCAUACGCAGCCACGAAACGGAGGACUUACUGAGAACCCAGAGUCGGGUACGGCUGCUGUUUCUGAUGCCUCUCUAAAGCGAAGUUCUUCGAUGUUCAUCCCACAGCUCCAGGGUCAAACCGAACCACGGAUGACCAAGAGCACCUCUGUGCAGAUAUCGCUCCAACGUUCAAGUGCUCCCCAAAAAGAUGCAUCAUCCCUUGAUCCACCUCCGGGAUACCCCCAGGAGCCAGCUCCACCCUACCCUGAACCUGGUGAAGGUUGGCCUUUACCUCCACCUCCACCCUACCACAGAAGAGAGGGCCCACCGUGCCACAAUGUGGACCAAAGUCAACCAGGCACUAAGCCUAUCCAGCCUGAGAGACAAGUGUUUUGUGUCCGGCCAAUUGAUGGGCAAAAUGGAUAUGCCAUUAUGGGUGUACCCAGUGGAGGUCCCCAAGGGCUUAGCAUGGGAGGUUUCUCUAUUCAAAGAAGAUUUGCAGAUGGCUCAGAUGUCCAGCAGUUUAAGAUCAUGCCAUUCAGCAAAGAAGGCCAGAAUGGCCCGUUCCAUCGCUGGUACGUCCGGCAAAACACAAAUGGAAGCACUGGCACACAGAGACUUGUUUUCCAGCUUCAACAGGACCAAGGACGGCACACAAGCACUAAUUCUCAAACUGAAGUGACUGAUUUUGGCUUGACGGAAUCUGAAGCUGGGCAUGUUGUGCGAUACCCUCGGAUCCGACUUGAGAGGAGCGCUUCGCAGCCGUUACAAUCCAGAGGAGUUCCUUCACGCCUCGGGUCCAUGCCAAAUCUUCAUGCCCCAAUCUCAGAAAUGGAAAAAGAGAGUGAGAUUGUUGAGAACAUACCUCGAGGUUGCACAUUCAAGAUUAGGAAGGAGCAGAACCCCAGACAGCCCAAGUUUAAGAUAUAUUUCAGCCAGGGAGGCGAGCACAGUCCCACCCAAUCUCGGGAUAUUACCUUUGGAAAGGUGCCUGUCUGCAUCAACCCACAGACCAGAGAUGACUUCCUUGGACAGGUGGAUGUACCUCUUAACCAUUUACCAACGGAAGACCCAGCAAUGGAGCGGCCGUACACGUUUAAAGACUUUCUGCUGCGUCCGAGAAGUCAUAAGUCUCGAGUGAAAGGCUACCUAAGGCUGAAGAUGGCCUAUCUGCCAAAGAAUGGCGGCCAAGAAGAGGAGACCAGUGAGAUGAGAGAAGAGGCUGAGGGCUGGGAGGUGACAGACUCUACAGAUCCAGGCUCCCAGAGACCUCAGCAACUCCUGCCGCCACUGCCUCAAGGCUGGGAGGAGAAGGUGGAUAACCUGGGUCGGACCUACUACGUCAACCACAACAACCGCACCACACAGUGGAAGAGGCCCAGUAGUGUGGAUGUGGUUUCAGAAACGGAAAAUGAUAAUCACUUGCGGCAGAUUAACCAGGAAGCCCACCGAGUUUUCCGCUCCCGACGGCACAUUAGCGAGGACCUGGAAAACGAGCAGCUGGACCUCAGAGACAUCGACGAUUCUUGGGAGCCUAUAUCGGAGGAGGACCCAGCUUUAAUAAGUGAUGGACUGAAUCAUUCUCUAUCAGGACCCUCUUCUCUCGCGAUGCCCCACUCAAGCACUCCAGAGUUCUCUGAUGAGAUCAGCCUUAGAUUGUCUCUUGCUCCAGACACGAACGGAGAAAUCCCAGGACCCAGCUCUGCUGUGCAGAGUCAUCUGUCUUCUCGGCUGCGCUCCUCUAGUAUGACUGAUGGAGUGAGUGAUCAGGCUCAACCUCCCACACCAACGCAGAACUCCCAGACCCGACGAACACGAGCACAAACGGUCACAGGCGUUGAGGAUACAAUGUCUCCAUCGGCCAGCUACGCAUUGACUACGCCGGGUCUACCUCCGGGCUGGGAGGAACGCAAGGAUCCCAAGGGACGUACAUACUACGUCAACCACAACAACCGUAGCACCACCUGGACACGCCCCAUUCUGCAGCACACUGAAGAUGGAGCCAGUACUUCAGCUGCGGCAGCAGGGGGUGCUACAGCAGCCACGCCUCCAGCCUCCACCCCUUCCUCCUCCAGCGGCCAUCUGAGUGAACCACAAGUGCGCAGACCCCGUAGCCUCAGUUCCCCAACAGUCACACUCUCUUCCCCCCUAGAGGGAGCCAAUAAUGCCCAGAUACGACGAGCGGUGAAGGACACAUUUUCCAACCCUCAGUCUCCGCAACCCUCUCCCUAUAGCUCACCCAAAUCCCAGCACAAAGCAAACCAGAGCUUCCUGCCCCCCGGCUGGGAAAUGAGAAUAGCGCCCAACAGCCGGCCUUUCUUCAUCGACCACAACAGCAGAACAACCACCUGGGAGGAUCCACGGUUGAAGUAUCCCGUUUACAUGAGGACAAAAGCAUCUCUAGACCCCGGUGACCUUGGCCCACUUCCUCCUGGGUGGGAGGAACGAGUGCAUGCGGAUGGAAGAACAUUCUACAUCGACCACAACACCAAAAAGACACAGUGGGAAGACCCUCGCCUCCAAAGUCCAGCCAUAACUGGACCUGCUGUGCCAUAUUCCAGAGAAUUCAAGCAGAAGUAUGACUACUUCAGGAAGAAAUUAAAGAAACCGGCAGACAUUCCUAACCGUUUUGAGAUGAAGUUGCACAGGAAUAACAUCUUUGAGGAAUCGUACAGACGGAUCAUGUCUUUAAAGAGACCCGACAGCCUGAAGGCCCGUCUAUGGAUCGAGUUUGAAUCGGAGAAAGGUCUGGACUACGGAGGAGUGGCCAGAGAAUGGUUCUUCCUGCUCUCCAAGGAGAUGUUCAACCCUUAUUAUGGGCUGUUUGAAUACUCAGCCACAGACAACUACACACUCCAAAUUAAUCCAAACUCCGGCCUAUGUAAUGAGGAUCAUCUCUCAUACUUCAAAUUCAUCGGUCGGGUUGCAGGCAUGGCUGUGUAUCAUGGCAAGCUAUUGGAUGGUUUCUUCAUUCGACCAUUCUACAAAAUGAUGCUGGGCAAACAGAUCACACUGAAUGAUAUGGAGUCAGUGGACAGUGAAUACUACAACUCUCUGAAGUGGAUACUCGAAAACGACCCCACCGAACUGGACUUGCGGUUCUGUAUUGAUGAAGACAACUUUGGACAGACUUACCAGGUGGAUUUGAAGCCAAGCGGAUCAGACAUGGUUGUAACCAAUGACAACAAAAAGGAAUACAUAGACUUGGUGAUUCAGUGGCGGUUUGUGAACAGGGUACAGAAGCAGAUGAACGCCUUUUUGGAGGGUUUCACUGAACUCAUUCCCAUCGACUUGAUAAAGAUUUUUGAUGAAAACGAACUGGAGCUGCUGAUGUGUGGUCUUGGAGAUGUAGACGUGAAUGACUGGAGACAGCACACAGUCUAUAAGAACGGCUACUGUCCGAAUCACCCUGUGAUCCAGUGGUUUUGGAAGGCUGUGUUGUUAAUGGAUGCUGAGAAGAGAAUCAGACUUCUGCAGUUUGUCACCGGAACAUCCAGAGUGCCAAUGAACGGCUUUGCUGAGCUCUACGGUUCCAAUGGGCCGCAGUUGUUUACUAUAGAGCAAUGGGGGACACCUGACAAACUCCCUCGAGCUCACACGUGCUUUAAUCGCCUGGACCUCCCAACUUAUGAGUCAUUUGAGGACCUGCGGGAGAAGCUUUUGAUGGCGGUGGAGAAUGCCCAAGGCUUCGAGGGCGUCGACUAAACAGAACCCUCCAUACACCUAACGCAACUGACAAGCAGAGACAUGUACAUCACACAUACAUGUAUACUCAAUUAUAAACAUUUUCUCAAGUUGCCAUUGUACAGCCAGAGCCCAGCAGUCGCAGGUGUGUGAUGUCAGCACAGUAUAUGCAUGUAUCUGUCUAGCUGGAAUGCCAUUGGCUGUGGACAUGUCUUUGAGCCUCCAAACAGCUCUACGGUGUCCUACAAACCAUAUCCCUCUCAACACUUUUUCAUUUUUAUUUUAAAUCUAUCUCUGAGGCCAUGGUAACUUUUUUUUAUCAGCAAUGAUUUGGAAAAAUUUAAAGAAUUUGCUCAGAUACAUAGUGUUUUAACUGGUGGCCUCAGAGUGGGCGUGGCCUUUCUACAACAUAAUAACAACCACAGCAACCAAUCAUGUUUCUGCAUCAGUAACACAAAUGCAAUGCUGAGCUCUCUUAUCAGGUCUUAAUACCACCAGAUUACCUUAGGAAUCACAGCCAGGAUGAAGGACACACCCUUAUCCUCAAUUAUCCCGCCGACUACGCCAAGUUUCCCCUUCCUUCAACAAGGAUUAUUUUUUAUCUUCUUUUGCAAGCCAAUAAGCAACAGGAUGUUGAUACUUGUUUUUAAUAGUUUAUUAUGGCUGUUAUUAUCAUUCUUGCUGAGUAAAUGGAUUUGUACCAACAAUGUGGUUUACUAUUUUAUUUACAAAGUUAUCAAAAAUGCAUCAAUGGCCUGGCUAUAUUCAAAUAAAUAUCCAUAUCAUUGUGGGUAAAAACAACAAAACAAAACAAAAAACAUGAUCAACAUGGUUAUUGUAUUGCUUUGAAAACUGGCAUGAACAUGUAUCUUGUGUUUCAGUAUGAUUACGUAGUAAUUAUAAAGCUAUUCUCCUUCUUGGUUGAGAGUAAGAUCGAAAAGAAGUUGUGGAUAAACGAGGACAUGCAUUGGACAUGUAAAUUAGUUUGUCGCAGUGGGUUCUCUUAAAUUGUAAUAAGUAUUGUUCCUAUCUUUAUUAUUAAAAUUAAACCUGUUCAUAAUGCUGUAAAUUAGUUUGUUUUGGGGAAAGAAACAGUUGGAUUCUUUUAAUGUACGUGUUAAGACUGUUCGAAGUAUUAAUGAGCGACAAAGAGUGAAGCUAUCUUAAAAAGCGCUGUGAUUCAACACUACAAGUCUUGUAGACUUUCAGUACAUAAACUUUCUUAAUUUCUAUCUGUCUUUCUUUUUUCUUCUAACACCACUAUACCUAAAAGGGCACUUUAUUGAAGAAACAUUAAUGUCAUGUCACCUGUUUAUUUGUGAACUUGAAUGUGAUUAUAUACUUUAUUUCUUUUUAAGGCACUCAAUAACAUUGGUGCAGUAUCUAUUGUUAAUAAUCUGCCUGCUGCUAACAAAUCAGUCAUGGAGCAGGGCUUUCAUAUUAUAGCUUGCCCCCGGAUCUAAUCUAGAGACGGAUUGGCUAGUCUUCCUUAAAGGAAUAGUUCACCCAAAAAUGUAUAUUCUGUUAUUUACUCACCCACAUGUUGUUCCAAUAUCAAAUACGUUCUUUAUUACAUGGAAUACAAAAGGAGAUGUUGGGUAGAAUUGUAAAUUCACCAUUUAAGGUAAUUAGGAUUUGGAACAACAUCAGGGUGAGUAAAUGAUGGCAGAAUGUUCCUUUCUGGUUGAACUAUCCCUUUAAAUGGUUCAGAAUUGAAUUGGACAAGCUUAUAACUGUUCCCAGAUCAGUUGUGUAGGAGCGAGCUCCACCUGGAGUAAAACUUUGGACUGGUUCUUUUUGUAUUUUCCAGUCUUUUCUGUAUCCCUCUUCACUCACACUUUCUGGGCCACUGAUAUGAUAAUAUUAUGAUUAUUUUUAUUGUAAAUUACCCUUUCUCUUUUGUAGGGCAGUUCUUCUUUUUUUUUUUUUUUUUUUUAAUUGAUGAGGAACAUUUACCUUGUCUGGUUCCUGCUCACCACAAGACCUUGCGAUUCAUAUAACUUUGUUCAAAAUAAAUAAAAUAAAAAAAAAUUUAA